CAUGAACAUGUAAGUGUCGAACGUGGCCUGAUUCCUGAAAUGAGUUGCUCUAAAGGGAUAAGAACAGUUACAGGACGUUUAAAGUGUUGUAACUCCUCAGUGGGUUUAGAACGUGAUAGUUUUGUUAGUCGUCACUAUUGAGUUCCUCACUCCGCCUACUCGCGCGCUGCAUUUAGGCUCGCUGCUGCGUGGUGUUACGCAUUGCAACGUGUGCGCGCGCUGCCGCAAUCUUGACACUCUACGGGAUGCGCUACUUGACGUCGAGGCGCGCGCUGCUCUCUCUGCCCCCGCUGCUGCUGCUGCUGCUGCUGUGCUCGAGCUGGAGGCUCGUGGCGGCAGACUGGGAGCUCACGCUUCUGCAUACCAACGACGUUCAUGCCCGCGUCGAGGAGACCAACAAGGACUCGGGCAAGUGCACGAAGGGCAGCUGCUUUGCCGGCGUCGCACGGCGUUACACGAAAAUCAAAGAGAUCCGGAGGCACGUGCAGAACGUGCUCCUGCUGGACGCCGGGGAUCAGUUCCAGGGAACAGUGUGGUUCAACUACUAUAAAGGCAGCGAGGCAGCGCACUUCAUGAACAAGCUUGGUUACGAUGCCAUGGCUCUAGGAAACCACGAGUUCGACAAUGGAGUGGAUGGUCUCAAGCCCUUCCUACAGCAGGUGAACUGCACCGUGCUCAGUGCUAACAUAAAGGCUAUUAACCCUGUUGCGUCACAGAUUAGUGGACUUUAUUUGCCUUAUAAAAUCAUCAACGUUGGCUCUGAGAAAGUUGGUAUAGUAGGAUACACAUCCAGGGAGACACCAGCUCUAUCAAUGACAGGACCAUACCUGCGUUUUGAAGACGAGGUCACUGCCUUGCAGCAGGAGGUAAACAAACUCACCACUCUGGGCGUUAACAAGAUCAUCGCUCUCGGCCAUUCCGGAUUUGACACAGACAAAGAGAUCGCCAAAAAGGUCCGUGGCGUGGACGUGGUGAUUGGAGGACACAGCAACACUUUUUUAUUCACAGGGGAUCCACCAUCCAGUGAAGUUCCAGCAGGACCCUACCCAUUAUUUGUACAGUCCGAUGAUGGUCGCAGUGUGCCAGUGGUCCAGGCCUAUGCUUUUGGGAAAUACCUUGGCUAUCUCAACGUGACUUUUGAUUCUGAGGGAAAAGUUUUAAAAGCCGUAGGAAAUCCAAUCCUCCUGGACAGUAACAUACCCGAAGACCUCGACAUUAAGGCAGAUGUGGAUUCCUGGAAGGUCAAAUUGGCCAAUUACUCGGCUCAGUUCGUGGGGAGGACUCUGGUCUAUCUUAAUGGGACAUUUGACGAGUGUCGAUUUCGUGAAUGCAACAUGGGAAACUUGAUCUGUGAUGCCAUGGUCCAUCACUAUAUCAAAUAUCCAGAUGAUCUCCAGUGGAACCAUGUUAGUGCCUGUAUUUUAAAUGGAGGAGGAAUACGAAGCCCCAUUGAUGAGAGAAGCAGAAAUGGUAGCAUCACUAUGGAGGAUGUGAUCUCUGUAUUGCCGUUUGGUGGAACGUAUGAUCUGGUUCAACUGAAAGGUUCUACACUGCUCCAGGCCUUCGAGCACAGCGUACGCAGAUAUGGAGGAAGCACUGGGGAGUUCCUACAAGUCUCAGGAUUUCAGAUGGAGUAUGACCUGACUAAGCCCCCUGGUGAGCGAGUGAAGAAGGCGAAUGUGUUGUGUACUCAGUGUCGAGUGCCGCACUACGAGCCCCUGGACCCUAAAAAGGUCUACAAGGUCAUCAUGCCGUCCUAUCUAGUGGAUGGAGGAGAUGGUUACUCAAUGAUCAAGGAGGAGAAGCUGAAACAUGACAGUGGUGACCUUGACAUAUCCAUCUUUUCGGGCUACAUCUCGGAGAGGCAGAGAGUCCAUCCGUCCGUGGACGGACGAAUCCGUUUCGUCAAUUCUGCUGUUCGAAUCUCAAGUCGGUUGACCACUGUACUGCUCUUUGUGCUGCUUUGGGUCUCGCAUUUAAGCUUGUGAGCUUAGUCCAGUACACCCGUUGUAUCGCAGUUGUAUAUAUCAGUCUAUUUGUGAUAUUUUGUAGAGAUUUGCUAUAGACUUUUUUUUUUUUUUUUUGUCUUGUAUACAAAGAGAAACUUUAGUUGGUACAUACUUGAUUUGUAUGUAUUCUGUCUAUUAGUUUGUUUGAAUAAUGUUUUUUAAUUGACACCGGUACCAAAUUGUUCUGGGAAAUUAUGUAUAGACAUGUAUAAAGUCUUUGUUAAUGUCAGAUAUAAUUUGUGAUUUAAAACCUGCAAAAAAUCGUAACGGUUAAAAUUAUAUCUAAACAUUACUUAUUUAUUAACAAGGCCAAAGGUAAAUUAGCAAUAAGAGUUAUUUGAGCUGAUCUGAACUUUCUUCCACCAGUCCAAAGACACGCAUUGUAGGCUUAUUGGCAUUUCCAAAUUAUCCGUAGUAUGUGAAUGUGUUGUGUUGUGUUGGCCUGCCGUCCAUUCACUGGAACAGGCUCCAGGCUCCCCUGCAACCCUGUGUAAGAGGUAUGGAAAAUGGAUGGGUUUUUGGUCAUAUGUUUUGUGGUUAUGUACUAGUUGUUGUUUCCCCCCCAUGUUUAUUGGCGUUAUGUUAGCUUCAUAUUGCUACCUUAGCCACUAUCCUUAAUAAAUGAUUAUUAAAGAGUACAUUUAUUUUUACACUAUAUAUAGUGCAGGUGACUUAAAUGAUAAGAUGAACCACACAUUUUAGCUUCCACAAUGCCAUUGUAAAGAAGUAUCAACUGCAAUUUUAGAUGACUGUAUGCAAUUUAUGUUUUAAAAAAAAUUUUUUUUAAAAAAGAUUCAACUGCUCAACUAGAUCUCAAAUAAGAAAAUUGUGUGCCAAGGCCAUGUAGGAAGUUGACUGGAGAAGGAAGUCGUAAUUCCGUACGAAAAAAGUUCUCAGGGAGCCAGAAUUGGAGAACAAAAAGUACUUUGUUGCCAUCUGUUGCUGUUUGCACUGAAAUGACCUUGAGCUUGCUUGUUUUUUUUGUUUCUGUAGCUCACUGUAGGUAUAGUUUAGGGACCUCGAAUGGGAGUUUCACUUAAUGGCACCAACUUUCUAAGCAUUCGGUCUAAAGGCUUUGCUUUGUUUCUUGUGUUCCUUCCUGUAACUGCAAGGCUAUUAUUCAGACACUGCCUCAGUCAGAUGGAGAAAAUGCAUCAUCUAUAUAUAAAAAAAAAAUAAAAAAAAAUCUGAUUUCCAUUGCAAAUGAGAUGGGAAUCAAAAGUCCCCAGUUCCAUGGGUCACAGAAGCAGCUGUGUUCACUUUUCAUAGUGGAAUUUUAGUAUCUUUCAUCUGAUCUAAUUGUUCAUUAGGUUAAAGGGCAGAGGGGAAGCAUGUAAAUGCUUGAUACAUACAACUGGUAAUGGAGCUGAAGAUAACCUCACAAACAUAUGGGAAAACUGUCACGGCACAUGUAGAAUGCUCACCUUAGUCUUUUAAUCUUUGAUUAAUUUUCUAUAAUAGCACUUUUACAAAAAUUAAUAAUUCAGUUCUAAUAGAGAGUUAUUGUGGAGGUUCCUAAAGAAGAGGUCGUGAGAAACUAGGUCACAAGAGAAACUUGCAUUCUCCUCUUUUGUUUCAUUCAUUUUGCAAAUUAAUAUUAGACAUACCUGAGAUGCUAAUAUUUGAAAUGUUAGUGGGAGUCACAUGCAGAAUAGCCACAUCUUUGUCACUACUGCAGUAGCGUAGAACACUGUAGUACACGUUUAUUGAGUACGAAUACUAAUCGAGUUUCCUAUUACUGUUUGAAUUUUAAAAACAUCUCACGUUGCCUUCAAACUUACCGAAAGCUCUGUUCUGGGUACCAGCCUUCCAUGCCAGCCUUUCUAUAAAAUAACACCCCUUCCCACUAGAUGGGUAAGUCAGUGUAAGUAAUAUCCCUUUGGUUUUUAGUCACUUACAUUACACAUAUGCACGUUACUGACAUAAAUGUUCAAAUGUUACAGUAUUCCUAUAUUAUAAACCACAAUGCCACCACCACGUUUCAUACUUAGGAUGAGAGCUUAGUGUUGGUGUUUAGUACUUUUCCAUCUUUUGUUCUUAAAAAUUGGUCCCAGAAAUGUUGUCCAGAAGAUUUUUUUUAGACAUGAGACAUACAGCAAUAUUAAUUUUUUAAAAAAUAUUUCCUUCAUUAAAACCUGUUUAUGUUCAGUAAGUUUUUUUUUAUUUUCAUUUUUAUAGUGGAGGAUAAAGCAACUUCUAGAGCGCUCUAAGUCUUUGUUACCUUUGGGUAAUUUGUUCUUCAACUUUGCAGAUUGUUUUCUUGGUGUGAUCUUUGACACCUACUUUUUGGGCAUGCAUCAACGCUACCAAAUUUCUUGUCUGUAAACCUGUUCUCUUAUUCUGGCUGGAUGAACUCUCAGAAAGAUAGAUCUAUAUUCCAUAUUAAUUGAAUAUUUACAAGGGCUAAAUGGCAUUUACAUUACUCCACCAGAUACUACAUCUACGACUGUCCACCUCUCUAUAGGGAAUGGAAGUAUCUACUCAAAUAGGUGUUGUCAUUAGCUGUUCUUUUAUGAUCUGUACAUUAUUAAUUCUGAGCUCAGAAACUCAAUCUUUGUGCACGUUCACACUCAAUGUCCAUUCCAUAAAUAAUAAAGUUCUCCUGCUCACA